UUCAUGGCCGCUGGAGGUUUCUUCGCAGCGGCCAUUAGGGGGAUUACGGAGCUCCGUUGCCCUGGGCUGUUUUGCGUCGCUGCAGCGACUUCCAAUGGCUCUGCCUCGCGCACCUUUGAAAGUCUGCAUCGUGGGCUCAGGAAACUGGGGGUCUGCUGUGGCUAAAAUAAUAGGCAAUAAUGUAAAAACAUUGCAGAAGUUUGCUUCUACAGUGAAAAUGUGGGUUUUUGAAGAAACUAUUAAUGGAAGGAAACUUACAGAUAUCAUUAAUAAUGACCAUGAGAAUGUGAAAUAUCUUCCUGGAUAUAAACUACCAGAAAAUGUGGUUGCAGUCCCAAAUCUGAACGAAGCUGUGAAAGAUGCAGAUUUGUUGGUUUUUGUCAUUCCCCACCAAUUCAUUUAUAAAAUCUGUGAUGCAAUUACUGGGCAUGUAGCAAAGAAAGCUGUUGGUAUAACUCUCAUUAAGGGAAUAGAUGAAAGCCCUGAGGGACUCAAACUCAUCUCCGAUGUAAUCCGAGAGAAAAUGGGGAUAGAUAUCAGUGUGUUGAUGGGAGCUAACAUUGCCAAUGAGGUAGCUGCAGAGAAGUUCUGCGAAACCACAAUAGGAUGUAAAAUUUUGGAAAAUGGCCUCCUUUUCAAAGAACUUCUACAGACCCCAAACUUCCGAAUAACUGUUGUGGAUGAUGCUGAUACAGUUGAGAUUUGUGGCGCUCUUAAGAAUAUAGUAGCAGUGGGAGCUGGCUUCUGUGACGGUCUUCGCUGUGGCGACAAUACCAAAGCAGCCGUCAUUAGACUUGGAUUAAUGGAAAUGAUUGCUUUUGCCAAAAUCUUCUGCAAGGGGCAGGUCUCUAUUGCCACUUUCCUGGAGAGCUGCGGGGUUGCAGAUUUGAUCACAACGUGUUACGGUGGCCGCAAUCGGAGGGUGGCCGAAGCAUUUGUUAAAACAGGAAAGACCAUUGAAGAAUUGGAGCAAGAGAUGCUGAAUGGGCAGAAACUUCAAGGACCACAGACUUCUGCAGAAGUGCAUCGCAUCCUUCAGCAGAAAGGUCUGGUGGAAAAGUUUCCACUAUUUACUGCUGUUUAUCGAAUCUGCUAUGAAGGAAAGCCUGUCCAAGAGAUGAUCUCUUGUCUCCAGAGCCACCCAGAGCAUAUAUAAAACAUGUGUUACCAUUGUCACAUUUCCUGCUUUUUCAUACUCAUCCAUGAGUUCAAAUUGAUAUAAUUGGUUUCCCUACUCCAUGAAGAAAUUGUAAAAAUAUGUAUAUCUAUGGGCUUCUCUAGACUGCUUUUAUUUGGUGUUUAUUAUAUAGCUCCUAGAACACUAGCUGUUAUUUUUACUGGCUAAAAUUUGGGUGGCUUUCAGAUAUACUGUGCAGGACUUGCACACUCCUCAGACUUAGUAAUCUCCUUGCCCCAUUUAAAAUGUGUGAUGUUCUUGUAAACAUAAUUCUAAUGCUUGCUUUUCAAAUGGGGACUCAUCUAGACUCCCCAGUGAUUUAAGGGGGAGAUGCAAUCUAGGACAGGGCUAAGGUACUGCAAUACUCCAAACGUUGCUGGACUACAGAUCCCAUCAAUGCCAGCUAGGUUCAGAGCAACGAGGAGAGCUUUAGUUGUCAACAUCUGGGGAGCUUUAAAUCGAGGGCAUCAUGCAAAUGCACAUCACCUAGAAGUUGUUUGCCAACGUAUACCAAGCUUCAAGAACAUGCAGUCAGUUUUUCAAUCAGAUUUGCACAUCUUGUAUGGCAUAGAUUACAAUUUAAUGAGGAUUACUUUAGUAAUAUUUGAUUGGUGGCGGAGUGGAAUUAAGAUUUUUGAAACUUAGAUUUUAAAAAUAAUUUAUUCUUAAAAGUAAUUUGAAGAAAUGAAAAUAUGCUUUUUAAAUGAUUGUGGUCUCCUUUUAAAAAAAAACUGGCUUCCCAACCUAGUAAAUGUGUAGGAGUGCAGUUCCUAGGAUCUCCUGCUCUAUCUGGGUAUGAUGGAAACUAUUGUUCUAAAUAAUGGUAAGAUUGCUGUUUAAAGCAAAGUCUGUUCUCCCAUGUUUAUCCCUUCUCUAAUUUGCCACUUAGCUUUCUCCCCUUUCUCUACCUAAGCCUAAGAAUUUUAGGUACCAAGUCAAAGCAUUUUUUGAUCUACAGUAGCUGUGGUGCUUAACAUCACAUGUUUUUUAGAAAAAGGAUAAUCCUGUGGAUUUAUAUAUGCAGCUCCAAAGCUGCCCUUAUCCUAGAUGAAUAAGAUUGAAGUGAUGACAUGGGCAUCUAUAUGAGGAUGGGGCAUGGCUGUGUGAAAGUUUUCACAUGAUAUGUAAUAAGAUUGCAGCCUGUUAUCACUUGGGUUGGCCCACUGCCCAGAAGUUCUUUCAGGUGGCAUUUAACAACUAAUCUGCUGCCAUGCUCUGAAGUGUCAAAACUGUAUUUGGGCCAUGAGGGGUCAAUGAGAGGGAGUGAGGUUGGUGUAGAAUCUUUGUUUCCUCAGCAUAUCGUUGUCCAUAUGUGGGAUUAAAUUAGAAAGGGCCAGAAACAGAUACUUCCGUUCUUCUUUUCUCCAGCAAGGCCCUGAUAUGUGAGCCUGCAGCUUUUACAUUUAACUAACAGCUGCACGUGUGCUUUCUUUUUGCAGUAUCCAGCAGUCCAGUGCUUGAGACACUGCAUUAACAUACACCAGCCCUUCACCAACCAGGGGAAUGACAGACCAGUAAAAAUCUGAAAACUGUGGUCUCCACACAUUUGAAUUCUACGUAGUUGGGGAAGGCUAGUGCAGAUAACUUAAGAGAAGUUGUUCUGAUUACACCCAGUAGUGAAUGUAUUGGUAAUUCCCAUUACCUCACAAAUGUCCCUUACCAGGAAAUGUGUUACUGUUAUAGCUGUUUUUAUUUCAGUGCCUUUUUUUUUGUUGUUGUUCCUGUUGCAAUUGUUGUUUGAGUUGCCUUUGGAAAUCCAUCUAACAGGAGCUCACCUGUUUUUAAAUGGAAACCUUUCUACAAGAUCUUGGUCUCUUCAGUUGCCUUGCUGUCUUUAAGACUUUGAAGACUGAAGUUACUUAGAUUUAAAAUGGAACGAGUCAAAGACUUUGAUAGCUUUCUCCAUUUCCUUGUUAGGGAUGGCUAUUUAGAAUGGGAGUAAGAUGCUUUUGAAAAAAAAUUAGUGAUAAAGAUUAUGUUGGUUAAAUAACAGUCUGGGAUUAAUAAACUGUGUAAAGCCGUCUUCCCAAUUGCUGCCUUCAGAUCUGUGGAACUACAGCAUCUGUCAUUGGUGACCAACAUGGGUAGUCCAACUCUUCUGGAAGGCACCUGGUUGGGGGAAAGCUGAUCUAACGUAUAUGAAAUUAAUCUUGUAUAUAUACUAGUAUUCUCAAUUAUUAUUAAGCUUAAAUACCUCCAAAGAACUCAGAGUGGCAUUCCCAUGGUUCUUCUCCUCUAAUUCAUCCUUACAACAGCCCUAUGAGGUAGGUUAGGCUGAGAGAGAAUGACCGGCUGAAGGUUAUUCAGUUUGCUUAAUUGGCAGGAUUUGAAUUAGAAUCUCCACUCACACCUUGACAUGGUCAUUGUAAUAUUAUAUUGACUACCUUUAUUUUACAUAUACUCCCUGGCCUCAAAGGCAUUAAUUUAGGAUCGUAUAUUCUCCUGUUGAGCUCUUGCAUCCCCCAAACCACUUUUAUUAUAGUUAGCUUGUUUUAAGUGCCCUGAGUAAGGUUAUUAUAUGCUUUUUGAAGCUGUAAAGAUAGAAGAGGCUGGCCCAAGCACAAUCAUUUCACAGUGGAGAUCACACUGAAAAUUUGGAAAUCAGGAUUUUUUAAAAAACUUUCUAUACCAUUGCUUUUCUUCCCGAACAGAAAAUAUUUGGAAAUUACUUACAGAUACAGGCCUCCAAGUUUUCUGUGGGUGGCAGUCACAGUUGGCUAUAUAUGCUAAGCAUUAUUUUUGCCCCCCCCCCUUUUUCCCCCUCAAAAACUUUUCUGUAUAAGGAAAGUGAAGCAGAGUCUAGAAUGGUAGCAGAGUCAUGAAGCAGAGUCUAGAAUGGUAACUUGAUGUAAGAGUGGAGAACCUGGGACCCUGCAAACAUUGCAGGAUUCCAGUUCCCAUUAGCCCCAGUCAGGGUGGUCAAUGAUCAGGACAAGUGGGAGCUGUAGUCCAACAAUAUCUAGAGCAGUGUUUCUCAGCCUUGGCACCUGGGGAAUUCCGGGAGUUGAAAUCCACACAAAGUUGCCAAGGUUGAGAAACGCUGGUCUAGAGGGACACUGAAUUCCCACUCUUAAUGUAAAAGGGAAGCAGCUCCCCGAUUACUUCAAAUGCUCCAAAUAAUGCUUCAAACUUGACCCAAAUCUUUCUCAAUUUGGAGCUCUUCACAUGUGUUGAAACUACAUGUAGUCCCAACACAUCUGGAAAGCUCUAAGUUGGGGGAAGCUGUCUACACCAAUGAAAACUUUAUACAUUUUUUAUUUUGCUUUAAGCACUUAAUGUCACUUUUCCAUUGAUGAAUUAAGACAUUCAGAACUUAGAAUGGCUUGAAUACAACAUGGUAAUGAGAAAUGUUUACAGAUUUGGAAGGGCACAGUUGAGAAAAAGUUAAUUAUCAGGAAUAGAAAGCACAUAUUUCUCUUUAUAAUAUCAAAGCCUGCUAGGCCUAAUAUGAAGUGACUGUUUUUCUUUUAAUAUCGAAUCUAGAUUAAUAAUAUUUCUGCCUUUAUUCCUAAUGCUUAAUAUGUAUAACCAUUUUGUAUAUGAGUGUGUUUGUAAUAUGUAAGGGGCUCUGUAAACUGAAUGUGAUGAGUUAUGCAUACUGUCAAAUCAUUUAAAACUAUUUACUCCAUCUAAUAAAUGAAGCCAUUUUCCCAUGUGAUUUUUUAAAUCAGAUGGAAGUGUCAGUAAAAGAUUUA